AUGAAUUUUGUUGAACUUUUGUGCUAUUUUAACGUGUGUGCGCUCUCAGAUCGCUCGCCAAUUGUGACAAUUCCGGCGCUCGGUGAAGUGCGUGGGUCGAAAAUGAUUUCUUCAUCCAGACGAAGUUUUUUUGCUUUCAGAGGUAUUCCGUACGCCAAAUCUCCUGUGGGAGAGCUUCGUUUUAAGGAUCCCGUACCUGUCGAUCCGUGGUUUGGAAAUAUCCUUGAUGCAAGUCGAGAGGAAUCGCCUUGUAUACAAUAUAAUGGGAUGUUGCAAAAGUUUAUGGGUGUCGAAGAUUGUCUAACGUUGAACAUCUACACGCACAAUUUGGUUUCUGACGACCCGAGACCAGUUAUGGUGUAUAUUCAUCCCGGUUCGUUUUUCUUUGGAAGUGCCGGGGCGACAACUGAUCUAGCAGGUCCUGGUUAUUUCCUUGAUCGAAACAUCGUCCUUGUGACAGUGCAAUAUAGACUUGGCUCUUUUGGUUUUUUAAGCACUGAAGAUAGUGAAGCUCCUGGAAACUACGGUCUUUUAGAUCAGACCAUGGCUUUAAAAUGGGUGCGUGAGCAUAUUCGCUCUUUCGAUGGUAAUCCCAAUUCCGUUACACUUUUCGGAUCGAGCGCUGGCGGUGUCAGUGUCCAUUACCAUUUAUUAUCUCCACAUUCCAAAGGACUGUUUCAUCGGGCGAUUUCUCAGUCGGGCACAUCGCUAAACUCUUGGGCGAUCAAAAAAUCUGUUGGGCAGUAUACCCGAAAAUUGGCCAAUUAUUUGAAUUGCCCCCAAUCGAAUUCCAAUGAAUUAUUGGCAUGUUUGCGAGAAAAACCAGCCAGGCAAGUAGUUCAAUUCCAAAAAAAAAUCGAGAUAAUGCAAGUUUUUCCGGUUGGAUUUGGACCUCGUGUUGAUGUCGAGAGGGAAUCCCCGUUUCUUCCAGCCAAGCCAAGAAUUCUCAUGGAAUCAAAGCAAAUCAAUUCAGUGCCUGUCAUUAUUGGAACUAACAGAAACGAAGGCGGUUCAAUGAUCCGUAGGCUUCUUUCUAGAAACGGUAGGCUAUUAAAUAAAUUUGUGGAAAACCCCGUUAAAUACUUUAGCUACAUGACGGGCAUGGAAAGUGACGACGACCAUCGCGACCGUCAAAACCUCAAGAUUCUAAACGAGAUAUUAACUCGUUACUACAGUAUAGGUGACCCGCGUCAGCCGCAUCAGUUGAAUGAGCUGGGCGAUCUAUUCACAGACUACAUGUUCCAUCAAGAUAUUGACCAUUCCGCUCAGUUGCUCAGCAAAUAUAGCGAACAACCCAUUUACUAUUAUUUCUACAACCACAGUUUACAUAUUUCGAUAAAUAGAUUUAUGGGGAUAUCAACUGAGGUCGACCUGGGCAGCGGUCAUGCAUCGGAACUGCUACUUAUGUUUUCCAACGUGUUCUUUCCUCGACUGCAUUCGCUGAAGGAUUUGAAAGUUUCAAACAUGUUACUCGAUUUAUGGACUUCAUUCGCAAGCGAUGGUGUACCUCGGAGUGAUUUCUUACCUAGUGAUUGGAUCCCUACUACGGAAAGCCAGACACGAUAUCUCAGGAUAGAAGCUGCACAUCCUUCCAUGGUGAACGACUCGCUGCCAUUUCAUGAACGCUUACAAUUUUGGAGAGAUAAGUUGAACCGAAUUUAGUAAAAGUUUUCUUGCCACAUUUCGUAAUCUUAUUUAACACGCAUAACGUAAUACAAGUUCGUCGUACAUUGGAA